GGUUUUGUGUGGGUCAUACACUGAGGAAUUGACUGAACAUAGUCUUGAAGCGGUCAAGACAAAGCAAAUCACAAGGCCAAAGGUCAGGUUUUGUGUUUUGCUGUAGUUCCAGUGGGACAAGUUUCCUUCUGUCUCAUCCUUAACAAUAUGCAGAGACGUAAGCAUACCCAUGAACAUGAAUAUUCAGUUUCUUGAGCUAUGGAAAAACAUGCGACAGAGAAAUUUGAGGCUUCCAGGUACCUUAAAACUUAUUUUAGCACUUGUAAUUCUUACUAUGAUGUUUCUACUCUCUAGUUUGUUAAGAAAGUGUUCUCAGAUAUGGUUCAAGACUUGCUUGCUGAACCCUCUAUAAGUUCUGGAAAACCACUGCCUCCCUUUAAAAUGCUGAAUGAAUAUGCUUCGAUUUGAUCCUUCAAAAAGAAAAGAAAAAUCAUGAAUAUGGAAAGAAGCAGUGGAUAUGGUAGAGCAAGAAAUGUAAACCGAGGAUGAUGCUUGGGAUAAGUCAUGCCAAUCUUUAUAAUCUGUUUACUUCUCUGAGACAGUAUUGUCAAGUCAGUCCACUACAGAUGCUGAAAUAAAUCCUUGAGAAGAAGAGCUGUCCGGGGUUACAAGUCUCCAUGUACAAAAACUCCUGAAUCAUCAUUGUCUGAUUUUGAAACUGAAGGGUCAAAUGAUUCUCAAGCAGUACCAGAAAGGUUCAUUUACAGGAGGACUGACGCAAUAUGAAGAUACUGUUUGAUGGUUCAUUUCGUAAGGGGUGGUUGAUUCUGUUUGAAGCAAAAUUUAGAUACUGAACAACCUGUUCUGGCAAGCGUACCUGUGGGAUUUGAUGGUGACAUCUGCUUCUAAGAAAUUUAGCUUCAGGUUCGGCAUUGAUGUGAGAUGAUAAAAUCUUCAAGAACGAGGCAUAGCAAGAGAACAUCAAUCCAAAGAAACUCAUCAGCUGAGCAUAAUCCCCUGAUUUGGUUCAGGAUAUAUGUUUCCGGUUUAGUUAAACCGAAUCAAAUGGACAGGCACCAGAGGGAAUUGUCUUUGAAUAAUUUAAUAUCGAUGUAACGAACAAAACAUGUUUUAAGCGUUGAUUAACCGUUGAAAGUGAUAUUAAUACUAUAAAUUGAAAUAUGCGUACACUUAACAAAAACUCUAAUCGGCACUAUUUAUGUGAAGAACCGUGCAAUAAGGACCAAUUCCUUUCACGCAUUAUUCAACUCUUUCACACAAGGAGACAUGAUACUAUCCAAUAAUCAAGAUCAAGAAGAUAUAGGAUUGUGAAAAAAUCUAAGGCAAACAUGUUGGAGGGCAUAGCAAAGAGAUGGAAGGAGCUAAGUGGCCAAAACAAAUGGCAAGGCCUGCUUGAUCCACUUGACCCGGAUCUUCGCCGCUACAUUAUUCACUAUGGCGAGAUGUCACAGGUUGGUUACGACGCCUUUAACUGGGACCGUAAGUCCAGAUAUGCCGGUGAUUGUUAUUACUCCAAGAAACAAAUCUUUGCUCGAACCGGCUACCUUAAAGCCAACCCUUUCAGGUACAAUGUGACUAAGUACAUCUACGCAACAGCUUCCAUAAAGUUACCAAUUUGUUUCAUCGUCAAGUCUUUGUCAAAGGAUGCAUCUCGAGUGCAGACUAACUGGAUGGGUUACAUUGCGGUUGCGACAGACCAAGGAAAAGCGAUGUUAGGAAGGAGAGACAUUGUUGUGGCAUGGAGAGGAACUCUUCAACCAUAUGAAUGGGCUAAUGAUUUUGAUUUUCCACUUGAGCCAGCUAUCUCGGUUUUCCCGGUAAAAGACGCCAAAGCUAACCCUCGUAUUGGAAGUGGCUGGCUCGACAUCUACACUGCUUCUGAUUCUCGCUCGCCUUAUGACAAGACUAGUGCACGAGAACAGGUACAAGGAGAGCUCAAGAGGUUGUUGGAAGUUUACAAGAAUGAAGAAGUAAGCAUCACUUUCACAGGCCAUAGCUUGGGUGCCGUUAUGUCAGUUCUGUCAGCUGCAGAUUUUGUCUAUGGCAAAAACAACAAGACCAAUAUAAGUCUUCCAAAAAAGCAGGUUCCUAUCACAGUUUUUGCUUUCGGGAGUCCUCGGAUUGGAGACCAAGACUUCAAAAAAAUCGUCGACUCACUCCAGCAAAUAAACAUCCUAAGAAUAGUAAAUGUUCCAGAUGUCGCACCACAUUAUCCACUCUUACUGUAUGCAGAAAUAGGCGAAGUAUUAGAGAUCAAUACAUUGAACUCCACUUACCUGAAACGGUCUCUGAACUUUAGGAACUACCAUAACUUGGAGAUAUACCUGCACGGCAUGGCAGGGAUGAAAGAUACAGCCGGGGUAUUCAAGCUGGAGAUUGGCCGAGACAUUUCUUUGGUCAAUAAAGGAUUAGAUGCUCUGAAGGACGAGUACUUAGUGCCAAGUACCUGGAGAUGUUUGGCAAACAAAGGGAUGGUUCAAAUGGAUGAUGGGACAUGGAAGCUGAAUGUCCACAGGAGAGAUCAUGAUGAUGAUGACGAUGCUGCUGAAGAUGACUCCUCCUCAACAAGUAACCAACUACAAGAGCUUAAUACAGUUUAGUUACUAAAACUUAUAAAAAGGUUCCGCACAAUAUGUUUGUACACAAAAAUGAAAAAUCAUUUAGAAGCACAAAGAAUCUGAGGGCCGAAUC